AUGCAAGCGAACUCUCUUCACCCGCCCAACCUGCACACGCUCAGUAAAAAUGUCAUUGGGAGCGUAUUGCAGCAGCAUUCGCGACCAGAGCAUCGUCUUCACAACGCGUUAGGUCCUCAACUCUUCUCCAUGGGUCAACAGCAUGACCCCACACCACAAGGAUCUACUCGAGCACCAACCGCUAAGCGAGGGAGACCAAGGAUCAAGAGCGGCUCCUCUCGUUCCGUGCGUUCAUCGCCUAAGCAACCACCCGCGAAGCUUCCAUACGCUGACGAAAUGAAAGCCAAUAUUGAAGAAUAUCAUCGGCAACGUCGUCGAAGGAACCAAGAGCGCUACAGGGAACGGCAACGCCAGUUGGUCGUGGACUUAGAGGCCAGAAAACACGAGCUACAGCAGGAGAUUGGCCAGUUAAAUCGGAAACAUCAGGUUCUCAUGCUCGGGGUCCCAACAAAGGACACCGUUUGGUCCGUCGCGGUGGAGUACUUCCGUGUCUUCCGAUGUGGGCUGCUAAUUACGAGAGGAGAGCGAAUUGUCGGAAUGGACUUCCUGAAAGCCGUGAUGGCGCGGGAUUUAGAUGCUGGAAUGGUGCUCGGGGUGGAUGCGCUGGCGAGGAACUGGGCCGUCUACACGCAGUACUUCCGGGACGUUCAGAUUCGUCUCGAUCGGUUAGACCAGGUCGCGGAAAACUCGCUUGUUGCUACGACUACGACAAGUAUCACUAUCACCAGAAACUCACUGACCAAGAUAUUCCCUCAUCUGAUGAGUGAUGAUUUCGACUACGACAAGGAGAGAGAGUGGUCUCGCAUUGCUGGCAGACUGGUAAAUCAGCGUCUUGUCAUGCGCGGCUCGGUGCACUUCAACUGGGAUGGUACCAGCAACCGUGUUAUGGGUCUGAUCACUCAAGCUGACAUGGUGUCGCCAUUGCUUCAAUUGCUGGGGAACUUGGAGGACGUGUCACGGGUAUUCCGUCGUGCUCGCAUCAAUCCUGAGUCCAACAUUGUCCCUGGCGAGUACCUUGACCAGUACACUUUGAGCUAUUAGGAAGCCCUGCUCUGGUAUCACUCAGUGGGUCGACUCGUAAGGUGGCGCUUUUUUUUUUACAUAAUGAACUCG